AUGGGUCGUGGUGUUAGCAGUGGGGGUGGUCAGAGUUCCUUGGGCUAUCUCUUUGGCAGUGACGAAGCUCCAAAACCAGCUGAGAAGCCUGCACCCCAAAAACCAACUCCUCCAUCCUCUGCAGAGAGACUAAAAGAUAUCCCUGCUGGUAUUCAAAGUAGUAAAUCAAACAAUUACAUAAGAGCUGAAGGGCAGAACUGUGGAAAUUUCCUUACGGACCGUCCGUCAACCAAGGUGCAAGCUGCUCCAGGUGGUGGCUCUUCACUCGGUUAUCUUUUCAGUGGCAGCAAGGAUGGCAAGUGA